AUGCCUCCUGCAACGUCCAGCAGCGAGGCUUCGUCCCAGCCCGUCCUGGCCGAGGACCGGAAAACCAACGCGACAAACGGAACAACCAAUACCGAGCGUCAAUCCGCAUUUCCGAGUCUGGACGGACCUACCAACGAAAGAAACUAUGGAAUUUCUUCCACCAGUGAGCAAACUCAGCGCUCGAUGCCUUCCGAUGAUGGCCCCCAGCCGCAACGAACGAACGACGUGGCAUCAGAACAUCAUACUUCCGCGGGCGGAUACAAAAGAAGCUUCGGAUCACCAGAGCAGGGACUGGGCAUACUGGUGGAGCACUCGCCGGACAAUGAAAACAGAACUGGCCAGCUGUCGGUGGUGGAUGUCUAUGAUGGCCGAAGAGCUAAAGCUGCGCUUGCUGAAAUGUCCGACGAGCUCUCCCAAUUACCACAAAAGGAGAACGACAAGGUCAUGAAGCUGUCUCCCGAAAAGAUCCAAGAACUCACAUCGUCACCGGAAUCAAUCCCCUACCGUCCUGCUGAACCAGAAUUGAUCACAGGCAGGCGAUCGGUCUCGGAUAAUGCCCACGAGAACAUUCCCACCGUUCGACCAGAGAUACCAGAUUUUGUUCUUCAGCCAUUGAGUGAGACACCAUCAGCUGCCGACAGUCUUCCCAAACUGAGAUCUACCAAAGGGGUAUCUUUGGGUGAUGCAUCAGCACCAGCGAGCCCAGCUUUGCCUCGCACUACUGAAAAACCACCUCUGCGUAAUCGGCCACACCCUUCUCGCACCGUGUCUACCCCUGGUUCCACUCGGCGUCAACUGCCUUCCACGCCACUGAAUGACCGGUUGGCACAUACAUGGGCGUCCCGUGGGAAGCAGGACCGUUUGAAUCCAGAUCGUGAUCUGAAAAGUCAUCUCAUGGCAUCCCCUCAAGUCAUUGAAGCUCCGUUGACCUCACCUUUACCGUUGGCCAUUCCAUUACCCCCUGUAUCUCUACCAACAUAUCUACAGCUUGAACUUGCGUCUGGGAGACCUUCGCCGCUGUACAUCCAUCGAGAUGCAUCGAACGACUUUCCGUAUGAAUCAUCACGCGUGAAAAUAGAAAGACUGAUGAAUUUCCUCAUGCUUCCACCAAUGCUAGAGCAGGUACUCUGCUUUGGAAGCUUAGCUUGCCUCGAUGCAUGGCUAUAUUCAUUUACCAUCAUGCCCCUGCGAUUUAUCAAAGCUGUGUACAUUCUAUUUGAGUCGUGGAUCAUGAAUAUGGGCGCGGAAAUCCGGUUCAUCUGGAAAUUUGUCAUGACUGGAAUCGGCCGAGUCUGGCGUCGACGGAAUCAUAGUGUGAAGGAGGAUCAGAGGGAGAAGUGCGAGAACGAAUCGGAUGCCACUCCACGAUUUCCGUCCGGUUCCUUUUCUGGGAUAGAAACUGUGACGACCGAAAGAGAUCUUCGACAAGCACAGCCGGAAGCCCCCAGGCCCAAGCAUCGGUCCUCUGAAUCUAGAAGACAUCAUCAUCGCCGGAAGAAGUCAAUGCCCUCGGCACUGUUGCCCGAUGACAAAGCCGAUAUUUUGACAGGGCUGCUCAUGAUAGCCACCUGUUGUGUCUUGAUGUAUUUCGAUGCUAGUCGGAUGUAUCACUGGAUCCGUGGGCAGGCUGCUAUUAAGCUAUACGUGAUCUACAAUGUUCUGGAGGUCAGCGACAGGCUUUUGGCUGCCAUUGGACAAGACGUGCUUGAGUGUCUCUUCUCACGAGAGGCUCUUGAGCGUCGUCCUGAUGGACGAAGCAAGAUUAUCCGUCCAUUUUGGUUGUUCUUGUUGGCACUGGCCUACACAGUAUCCCAUGCGACAUCCCUUUUCUAUCAGGUGAUGACUCUAAACGUUGCUGUGAACUCUUACUCAAAUGCUUUGAUCACCCUGCUGCUCUCCAAUCAAUUUGUGGAAAUCAAGUCCACGGUGUUCCGCAAAUUUGAAAAGGAGAACCUCUUCCAGCUUACCUGCGCUGACGUUGUUGAACGAUUCCAACUAUGGCUGAUGCUCACUAUCAUCGCUUCGCGCAACAUCGUCGAGACAGGCGCCUUCAACUUUGUUGGAAAUUUCGGGUUGGGCUCGAAUAUCCCGGGUCAAUCAUCUACCAGUACGAAUAGCACACCACUUUCUACACCUCCGCGAACUGCAUCCUCGAUUUUGCCCCAAGCGUUCACAUUCUUCCCAUCGUCGAUCAUGUCCUCCUUCAACAGCGUUAACUCCUUCAUUCCAACACUUGCCCAAGUCUUGGGUCCCUUCCUGGUUGUACUAGGCUCAGAGAUGCUAGUUGACUGGUUGAAACACGCAUACAUCAACAAGUUUAACAACAAUCGACCAGCAAUUUAUGGCCGGUUCCUCGACGUUCUAGCAAAGGACUAUUACACUAAUGCUUUCGGUGAACAAAAUCUUACCCGCCGGAUCGGUCUCCCUGUGAUACCACUUUCCUGUCUGUUUUUCAGAGUUUCCGUUCAAACAUAUCAAAUGUUCCUCGCGGCUCUGGUUCCCCAGCAUCCAUCCUCAACGGCAAUGGAAGCAACCUCCCUAUCAUCAAUCUACAACCACUACGCACCAGCUCCUAUGCCAUCUGCUCCACCCUUGACACUUGCCACUCUGAUACCCGCCUCUGCGGCGCGUGUCAGUGCAUUUUUCCGCACCCUGUUGGAGAACGCGAUUCCAUCUCCUGCACAGUCCGUUCACAUCUUCACCGUUAUUCUCCUUCUGACCGGAUUCGUCGUGCUGCUUAUUUUCAAACUCCUGCUUGGAAUGGUUCUACUCGCGUUUGCUCGCUCGCGCUAUAGAAAAAUGAAAGGCCUGGAAACCGAGAAGAGGGAUUCUCACUCCCGCCAUUCUGGUGACAGUGGUGCUCCUCGAGCCCGCGAUUUCGAUGUCGAGGGCAGUCAGCGUGUUGGUGGGUGGGGCUGUGUGGAGGUUGGUGAGGAGAAGAGGAAAUUGAUCUAUGCGGACGACCCAGAUGGAUUACGUAGAGUGAAGGAGAAGGAAGAAAAGGAUAAAAACAAGGACAAGGAGUUGAAUGUUGAUCAUGUACAGCGGUAUGAAAUGAUUGCGAAGAAGAUUUGGUGA